AUUGCAGCCAGUCAGCAUUCACCAAUGAUCAGGCCUUUAAACAAGCGUUUCAGCAUUAUUCAACAUGCAGACUUCAUCUGUGCCACAGCUCAACAAUGCGGACCUGUUCGGCACGCACCAGUUCAUCGGUGGUGCCUGGUCCGAACCGAAUGACGAGGACCUCUUUGAAGUUAUUGACCCCGGUACCGCCUCACCGUGGGUGAAAGUCAAGUCGUCAAGCCUCAAGGAUGUGGACGCUGCCAUUAACGCUGCACACGCCGCCUUCCCCACGUACUCUCAGGUCCCCGCUCGCGAGCGCGCGCGCAAGCUGCUCGACUUCGACCGCUUGCUUCGUGAGAAUCUCGACGACAUUGCCACACUCCUCGUUUGGGAGACGGGCAAGCCUUUUGACGAGGCAAAAGGCGAAGUCGAGUAUGCGCUCACCUUUAGCUGGUGGUACAUCGGUGAAGUGGAGAGGGUGCAAGGCCAGACGGUCAAAGGCGCUGCCAAUGCAGCCAUCCGAUUCUUUACCAUCAAGCAGCCAAUUGGACCGGUGGCACUUUUGACACCUUGGAACUUUCCUGUUGCGCUCUUUGUCCGCAAGGUAGUGACCGCGCUCGCUGCGGGCUGUACGGUUGUUGCAAAGCCCUCACCAGAGGCACCCCUUUCGACGCUCGCAGUCGCGCGCCUUCUAGAGCAGGCAGGCUUCGGCAAUGGCAUUGUGAAUGUGAUUUUGGCGUCUAACAAAACUACGCCGGCGAUUGGUGAGCUACUCUGCUCUGACCGCAGGAUCAAGAAAGUGUCUUUCACGGGAUCGACGCGGGUAGGGCGAAUCGUGAUGCGGCAGUGCGCAUUGAGCCUCAAAAAACUCACCCUCGAGCUGGGUGGCCUGGGUGCUUACCUUGUUUUCAACGAUGCAGAUGUGGACAAGGCAUGUGUAGCUCUCGUGGCAAACAAGACGCGCCACGCAGGUCAGACAUGCAUUGCAGCUCAGCGAGUAUUCGUGCAUCGCAGCAUAUCAGACGUGUUCGCACAAGGACUCCUCGCGUUGUUGAGCCAGGUCAAGCUCGGUCACGGUCUAGAUCCGUCCACGACUUUGGGACCACUCGAGACACUAAGUGGCAAGGAAAAGGCGAUUAAGCACAUUGAAGACGCACGCAGAAAAGGCGCUCAGAUCUUGACAGCGGCCGUCGAGACGCCGACACAAGGGUUCUUUGUGACGCCGACGGUGGUCCUAGGAUGCACCAAGGACAUGCUCGUCUUCCAGGAAGAGUCCUUUGCACCAAUUAUCAACCUAACACUUUUCGACGCUGAGGAAGAGGCUAUCCAAAUGGCAAAUGACACGGACAUGGGCCUGACGUCGUAUGUCUUUACAAAGGAUGCCUCACGUCUGUGGAGAUGCUACGAGAGUCUCAAGGCAGGGAAUGUUGGGCUGAACGUGGGCAACACCACCAGUGCAGAGAUCCCUUUUGGCGGCUUAGAUCAAUCUGGCUUUGGCAAAGAGGCAGGAAUCGGUGCGGGUCUGUCGGAGUACCUAAUCGAAAAGUCGGCCACAAUGGCACUGUAGUCGGUCAGCUGGAACUGCAUGGAAUGACUGUCGGAGUAACUACAUGAAAAUCAUUUUGAAUAAAAUGUAUAUGAGAGGAAGGGAAGCCACUCCACUGACGAAGCGCUAGAGACAUAGACAGAUUUUCCCCAAUUAAGAUCUUGAAAA